AUGUCUCCAUCGCGCUGGUUGGACGUUGGCUUUGCCGUCAUUGUGACAACUGACGGGUCGGCGCAAACCAACAAUCCUGUCAUUCAAGUACCAACUGCAAACCUCCUCUACGGAUACAAAGUACACACCACCUUGUCCGUACCGGCAAUUUGGCACACGAACUCGGGUUUGGUGGGCUACAUUGUCAUUGCUGCAGCUUUCCCCCUUCCCCGGGUUAUCAAAUAUGGGUAUCUCUACGACGUCCCGGAUAUGCCUCCCGGGCCAAACGGAUCACUAAGGUGCUACCCGUACGGCGCGCACAAAAUAGCCGUUUACCAGCUGCCGAGUCAUCGACAAAUUCUCCGCUUGCUUGUCUCUUCGACGCUUCUCGGCCGUAGCCGAAGAAUGGCUGUGUUUGCGCUGUGCUGCGUUGCUGCGCAUCCAGAUCCGCCGAAACAAGACGAGAUAGCAACGACGGCAGCCCCUCAUACCCAAUUCCGGACAUCAUGGGCCACGCCUCAGCUCACCGAGCCCUCAUCAUCACGCGGCAGACACACCACCACCCGACUGAGUACACGCCACAUCGUGAACGAAACGGCCCAGCAAGAUGAGACAGCGUGA